UCACCCACCUUUUAAGGGCGGAGACUGUGAGCCGAGGGCUGUCUGAGGAAACAGGACACUGGUGCGGCAUCACUUCCUUUUCCCCCCCUCCUGCCGCUGCUUCCACCGCAGCCACAUGACACCGAGAUACAGAGAAACUAAAGGAAAGAAACAAGAGCCGUAACGUAACGAUUUCCCCCGGUCACAAGCACAACAGCAGCCCGUGCUUUGCGGCUCACACCCGCCAUUCUACCAGCUUUCUCUCUGUCGCUUCUCCAGCCAAUCGCCAUGCCUAAUAUCGUGCUCUUCAGCGGCAGCUCGCACCAGGAUCUGUCCCAGAAAGUGGCGGAAAGGCUGGGACUGGAGCUGGGGAAAGUGGUGACAAAGAAGUUCAGUAACCAGGAGACGAGUGUGGAGAUUGGCGAGAGUGUAAGGGGAGAAGAUGUUUAUAUUAUACAGAGUGGUUGUGGUGAAAUAAAUGACAACCUGAUGGAGCUCCUGAUCAUGAUUAACGCAUGCAAAAUUGCUUCUUCAUCUCGUGUCACAGCCGUUAUUCCAUGUUUCCCUUAUGCCCGUCAAGACAAAAAAGAUAAGAGCCGUGCACCCAUAUCUGCCAAGCUGGUUGCAAACAUGCUCUCUGUUGCUGGGGCUGACCAUAUAAUCACCAUGGAUCUCCAUGCUUCCCAAAUACAGGGUUUCUUUGACAUUCCUGUAGAUAACCUGUAUGCUGAACCAGCUGUGCUUCAGUGGAUCCGAGAAAAUAUCCCAGAAUGGAAGAACUCCAUCAUUGUGUCUCCCGAUGCUGGUGGUGCUAAAAGGGUGACGUCUAUUGCUGACAGGCUAAAUGUGGAAUUUGCCCUCAUCCACAAAGAAAGAAAGAAAGCUAAUGAGGUGGACAGAAUGGUGCUUGUUGGAGAUGUAAAAGAUCGUGUUGCUAUCCUAGUGGAUGAUAUGGCUGAUACAUGUGGCACCAUAUGUCAUGCUGUUGAUAAAUUACUUUCUGCUGGAGCAACAAAGGUUUAUGCAAUAUUAACACAUGGAAUUUUCUCUGGUCCCGCAAUCUCUCGAAUUAAUAACGCUGCAUUUGAGGCUGUAGUGGUAACCAAUACAAUUCCACAAGACGAUAAAAUGAAGCAUUGCCCCAAGAUUCAGGUUAUCGACAUUUCUAUGAUCUUGGCAGAGGCAAUUCGAAGGACUCAUAAUGGGGAAUCUGUGUCGUACCUUUUCAGCCAUGUACCUUUAUAAACCCUUACUGUGUUGCUAGUCCCCUUUUCUGUGCAUUUUUUUUAAAGCUAUGUUAGCCAAAAGCCAGAUAAAUGACUGUUUAACUGCAGUUCAGCAUAGUAUUUUUCUCCUCCACGGGGAAAGUGCUGUCUAGCUGUAGCAAAAGUAACAAAAAAGAUAAGUAGUUUCCCAAAUGCUUUCUGACAGUGCUGAAUAUAGCCCUGGUUUCCACUUGGUUACACUGUUGCAAAAAAAAAAAAACCCUCUGUGGACUUCUGAGUAGAACUUAUUGCUGUGUACUUGCACAAAACGUAUCACUGAAUAAAUCUUGUGGGAGAGAUAAGACAGUUUGAAUGUUAUUAUAUCUAGUGAAAGAGUGAUAGGUUAGUUUGGGAAUGAAGAGAUGAAAGCCUAUUUUGUAUGCAGUAUAAAACGUACUCUCUCGAGUGUUCUCAGACAGCGGUUUAAUAUUAUAUCUCUUGUUUAAUUCUUUUAUGACUUUGAUUAGAAACAAUUCUGCCAUACAAGUGUAAAUCGUAUUUGUUACGCUGGGUUUUUCUGUGUUUAAAUGUUUUUUCCCUUCUCUGUUUUUUAGUGAAAUGGAAAUAUUUUCCAUGCUGCUUCUUGUUGCCUGGCUUUUACACACGCUGCUGCCUUGCCUAUAAAAAAUGUUCUACUUCCCCUGAAGCAAAAUGUUUUACUGUUAUGCAGUGGCACUAGUGCAAAUACCACCUUCUAAUACAAUGCUGCUCUCCACAAAGAACACUUACUAAACCGGAGACAAUGGUCUUUCACUUAUUAUUUAGUCAGCAGCUACUCCAGUCUAGCAAUUUAUAUUGGCAGCUUAAACAGACAUAACUGCAGUUUCAUUGUUAAUAUAUUCUUUAAAUGCACCUGUAUUGACUGACCUGAAACAAUUUACGAGCAUAUGAGAAAGCUAACGGGAAGUACUAUGGUUACUGCAGGUCCCUUAAGUUUGUCCAUCUAAAAAGAAACCACUUUAAACCAGUACAGGUAUUGGGACACUUAUCUGGAAUGCUUAGGACCUAGUGUUACUGGCUAAAAGUCCUUCCUUAAUAUGGAGUACCAUGCUUGAAGGCUACUAUGAAAACCUUACUAGAGGUACUCAUAGACAAAAAGCAUAUGAUUCAAAAAUUAUUCAUAACUUGUUUAAAUAGGACGUUAAAGGAAAAGCUAUUGUCACAUUGCAGGGCAUUUUAGAUAAAAGGUUUCCAGUUUCCAGAUCCCACGCCUGUACAACAGUUUGUAACCCAAUUGGGUAUUACAAAAAUAUACAUAUAUUUAAUAGUUCUGUUAUUUACCUUUUGAAAUGCUUCAAAACGACUUCAUUGUAGAACUGGAUUUCAAACAUGUGGAAGACUAUGACAAAAGUCUUUACUAGGUAACUUUUCCCCCUCAAAAAUAGGUCUUGGUUGCAAUAUUUUUUUGUUUUUUAAUUACCGUUUGCUUCAAUAUCAACAAUAAAUUGUGAGAGUUCUGUGUGGACCAAUUGAA